AUGUCCGGUUUACAGGCCUUACGGAGGUCAAUCAAGGGCGAGAAGGAUGCCAAGCCUCACAACCCAAUCGCACCAAAGUCUGCAGUUGCUAUUGUUCCCCCGAAGAAGGUUAUUCGUGCCCUCUACGACUACGAGGCACAGUCUGCCCAGGAGCUCAGCUUCUCACGCGGCGAUUUCUUCCACGUCAUCGGCCGCGAGAAUGAUCCAGAUUGGUACGAGGCUUGCAAUCCAGCGCUGCCCGAUGCCCGUGGCCUAGUUCCUGUCGCAUUUUUCCAGUCUCUCGGCCGUACCGAGAGAGACAGCGCGCAGUCUGACUCCAGCCGUUCAGGUCAAGUGCCCGGCAAGAACCCCGACCACGACUCCGGCUACGCAGAGUCUUCCGCUCCUGGCACGGCUGGUACCGGCAGCUCAUCCUCCAUGGCCGCUCCACCACCUGCUCCCGGCAUGGCCCCUGCACCCGGCCAAGCCGGCAACCGAGAAUCGGCUCUCGGUAAGAACAGCCCCAUGGUCUACGGCAUUGUCAUGUACGACUUCCAGGCCGAGAGGGCAGACGAACUGGAAGCGAAGGCUGGCGAAGCCAUCAUCGUCAUCGCCCAGUCCAACCCCGAGUGGUUUGUUGCGAAGCCCAUUGGGCGCCUGGGUGGCCCGGGUCUGAUUCCGGUGUCUUUUGUGGAAAUUCGUGAUAUGGCCUCGAAUACUCCCGUUCCCAACCCCCAAGACGCAGUCCGUCGAGCAGGCAUCCCCAAGGUGGAAGAAUGGAAGAAGAUGGCGGCCGACUACAAGAACAGCAGCAUCACACUUGGCAAGUUCGAGGUUGGCGGAAGUGGUGGCGAACAGGGCAUUGCGCAAGGCAUGGAAAGAAUGAGUCUGCAGCAAGGCAGUCAGGCCGGUGGUCGUAUCAGCCAAAAUGGAUACCCACAAGCAACCCCCGGUUACAACUCACAGCGGAACACGCAACAGAACAUGCAGAUGCAGCAGCAGCAACCACAGUCGCAAGCACAAACUCAAGCACAGGCACAGCCCCAGACAGGAUACAACGGCAAGAGCACAGCGUCACAGCUGUUUGCACCACUCUCCGCCCAUAUCCCACGAUACUGCUAUGCCGAGGAGAAGUACUGGUUCGUCAUCGAGGCUGCGCUCGAAGAUGGUCGGCAUUGGGAGCUGUCGCGCUACUACGAAGACUUUUACGACUUUCAGAUUGCUCUGCUCAGAGAGUUUCCUGUCGAGGCUGGCAACGGCGGCACAAAGAAGCGCACGCUACCGUACAUGCCAGGCCCCGUCAACUACGUCACCGACGCCAUCACCGAAGGUCGCCUACACAACCUCGACGCUUACGUCAAGAACCUGCUGGCGCAGCCCCCGUACAUCGCCCGGUGCGAGCUGGUUAAGCAGUUCUUCAACCCCCGCCAAGGUGACUACGAAAUCGACCCGGUGGCCGACGACGAGCAGCAUGUCCUAAACGGCUCGCAGCCGUCCACGACGGACCUUGCCGGUGCCGCCAACAUGAACGGAAACGGCGCAUAUGCUGGCCAGCAGCAACCGGCUAUGGCCCGCCAAGCAUCCUCGCUGUCCCAGCCCUCGCAGUCGUCCCUUUCCCCAGGCGUUAACCAACAGGCGGCGCAGGCGAUCAAGAUCAAGCUCAGUUUCAACAACGAGCUCAUUGCGAUCCGCGUUCCGUCGGACAUCCAGUUCCGCGACCUGUGCGACAAGAUCCGCGACCGACUCAAGAUUUCCGUGGCCGACCAGAUGCAGCUCUACUACAAGGACGACUCGUCUGGUGAGAAGCCUGCUAUGAUUAGCAAUGGCGACUUGGCACAGGCAAUGCGGCGAAACGAAAAGCUGCUUGUUUAUGUCGAGAUUUCAUGA